CUGUCAAUUGACGAUAAAAUCAGCUGUUUUUAAACGUCUUGUGGAAAGGCCCAUUUUCUGUUUUUCUGUUGUGUUUUGUUGUAUGAGGUUGUGAGCGUUGUGAGCUCAUCAGCGCCUGCGGUGACCAGAAAAUCAUAACACGAUUGCGGGUAAAAAGGAUCUAAACAAAGCUUAGGUGAGCACAAUUUAGUCACUAUGGCACGGCUAUGCUGCAUUCCGAUUUGUCCUAACUCAAAGGUGGACCGCGGAGUUUCUUGCUUUCCCUUCCCAGCGGUGGACGUCGAGCUACGCAACAAAUGGAUCGACUUUGUUGGCGGCAAUGUGAGCAAGUUCCGAUGGAGAGCCAAGUAUAUCUGUGCGGACCACUUCAUGCAAUUGGAACUAGUGAAAAUUAACGGUCAAAAGUCUCUAGCGGAAGGAGCCGUUCCAAUGGUUUAUUCACCGGAAGACGAUGAAGCUGACGAACUGAUAGAUCGGGACGAUGUCAUGAUUUCCGAGGAGCCGGCAGGUACGUCGUCUAGGAGCAACAUGGGUACGAGCACCGCCCAUAAUGUUGCCUCGGAAGAUACCCAGGCAGUGGAGGACACUCCGUUGCGUUCGCUUUUCUGUCGCAUGUGUCUCAAAAAGGGAGUUGGCUUAAUCCCUUUCAACUCGAAGCUACACAACGCCAGCUUGGUGGACAUAAUCUUCACCAUAACGGGGCUCAAAGUUGACACCGAUGGUGAGCUUCCGACAAAAAUUUGUGCUGAUUGUGUCGGGAAAGCCGAUUUGGCAUUCAAUAUUCGAAUGGAAUUUCUACACCAUGAGAGGAUUUUAUAUAACUUGAUUGAUAGCAACCAAUUGCAGUUCCAUUAUCAAUCCUACGAUAAUCACCCACAGGAGUCCAGAAGUUUAAAUCAAGUUUAUCUGACCAAUCUGAUCAGUAAUGUUAAGCAGGAAGCGGCUACUGAAGCACCGGUUGUUAUCGCGAACUCCAGCGAUAAGAUAGUUCCAACACAAAAAGAUGACUCUGUAAUGUGUAUGAAAGAAGAUUUGGAAAAUCUUCCAACAUUGGGAACAUCAGUCAAUGUAGAGUCCACUGAUGAAAUAACCGAAAUUGAAGUGCUGGAGGAAUUCGAAGAAGAGCAUUUGUAUGAAGAUGACGAAGAAGAAGUUAUGCUAGCAGAUGUUCAAACCACCGAUCCGAUAGAAGAGACCGAGCAAACACUCGAUCAUUUAAAGCAUAGCAACUCUAAUAACCAAUUGAAACUGGAAAUUUUAUCGGAUUCGGAGGAAGAACCACAAACUAAACAAAAGUUUGUAUUCUCGUGGAAGGAGCUCUAUAAACCAAAACCUACUGUCGUCAAAAAGCCUCAAUACAAAAUAGUGGAGUAUCGGCCAAAACCGAAACUGGUGCCGCACACUUGCUACGUUUGUAACACUUCGCAUGAAGAUGCCGAUGCAUUGGAAGCCCACAUGGAGCAGCACGUCAGCAUCCUUCCCUACAAAUGCGAACAGUGCAAUACCGAACAAGUACCUCAGGUGCUGAAAACAUUGGUGAGUCUCAACCGGCACCUGAUGACCCAUCUCUAUCCGUAUCCCUGCGAUUACUGUCCGUUGCGAUUCUUGACCCAGCCGUCGUACGUCGAUCACAUGCGAAGUCAGCACGAAGCCACCGAUACCGAUGGUUUCGCGUGCGAUUACUGCGGACAAUUUUUCAACAAAAAACGCCAGUUUUAUCAUCACUUGGCUAGACACAAAGCAUUGGAAGACGAAAAAUACAAAUGUGAGCAUUGUGGUAAGGCAUUCGGUUGUAGUGCCCUGCUAAAGCGACACCGGCGGAUCCAUACCGGUGAGAUGCCUUUUGAAUGCAAAAAGUGUGGCAAAAAGUUCAACCACGAAGCCAAUUUUCAGAACCACAAACGGUUGCACAUCGGCGAACGAGCCUACGUUUGCGAAGAGUGUGGCAAAACAUUCCACAAUGGAACCAGCCUGCGUUACCACAAAGCCGAACACUAUCCGGACGAUCCGCGCUUUCGGCCGACGCCACUAACCUCCCAACGGUCACGUUACCAGAGUUCCGCCUAUCCGAAGCCCCACAUACGAGUGGACGCCUCCGGAGCCAAGUUUUAUACCUGUGAAAUUGAAAACUGCACCUUCGAAACCGAGCAGUACAGAACGUUCUUCUACCACCGCUCGAUGCAUCUGAAAAAGUUCAAAUGCGAUCUCUGCGAGAAGCGCUUCCCACUCAGAUGCACCCUGACCAAACACAUCGAAAAUGUGCACGAGGGGAAAGUUGCCGAGAAGAACCUGGCUUGUCCGUAUUGCUCCAAGAUGUUCAGCUGCAAGCAGAAGUUGAGCUUGCACGUGGAUGUCCACGAGAACAACCGCCGCCACAAGUGUCAGUUUUGCGAUAAGGCGUUCGUGCAGAAGGCAAACUGUACGGCGCACGAGCGGAUUCACACAGGGGAGCGACCGCACGUCUGUCGGAUAUGCCCUGCGGCGUUCAUCACCUCAUCCGGAAGAAAAAAGCACGAACGAACACAUCCGGAACUGGAGCAGACGCAGGAUUUGCAGGAAGGAUCGAAAGAGGUCGGUUUGGAAGCGGAAGAGGAGGAAGAAGAAUACAUCGAGGAGGAAGUCGACGACUUGGAGUAUGGAGAGGAACUCGUGGAGUACGCUCCAUUGGAAGAGAUUUGCUAACGAUUUUCAACGUCUGUUUUAUUAUGCAAUGUAGCGGCGCUAUGCUUUCACUCCCGUUCUUAUGUUGGAAACCGCGCACACCGUUGUGUUUUGGAGCAGAAUACACCUACUUACAGAAUGCUGUCUGUAUGCGCGCAAAAUCUUCAGUAUUUCGAGAAGCAUUGAAAAGAAACCAACGGCAGGAAAUACCAAAUAAAUUAUAAAUGAAAACAAAAAAUAACUACUUCAUGCUCCAAAUAAUUUCUCAAUUCCCUAUGAUUCUGUUGUUU